UUUUGCUUCAUUCCUGCCUUCUAGACUCUAGACAGACUCUUAUAGAACAAUGGCUACCGCUCCCUCGGAUCUGCCCCGCGUGCGGGCCUGUCUGUUUGACAUGGACGGGCUCCUGAUCGACUCGGAGGACAUCUACACGGCGAUCACCAACCAGAUCCUGCAGGAACACGGCAAGCCUUUGCUUCCCUGGUCUAUCAAGGCCCAGCUUCAGGGCCGACCCCAGACCGAGGCUAGCAAGAUCUUCCACCAAUGGGCCCAACUCCCUAUCACGCCGGAAGAAUACGCCUCUCGACAAGCCGCCCUGCAGCUGGAGAAGUUCGGAGAGUCGCAGCCUCUCCCCGGCGUGCGGAUCCUGCUGGACAAGCUGCUUUCGACGCAAUCGACCGACCAGCCCGUCCACAUUGCGCUGGCUACCUCGUCCCACGAGCGGAACUACCGAUUGAAGACCGACCACUUGCAGGAGCUGUUCGCGCGGUUCCCCGAGUCGCAGCGCGUGCUGGGUGACGACCCGCGCAUUGGCAAGGGGCGGGGCAAGCCUUUACCGGAUAUCUAUCUGCUGGCGCUGGAGACCAUCAACACCAAUUUGCGGCAGCGCGGGGAGACGGAGAUCACGCCGGAGGAGUGUUUGGUCUUUGAGGAUGCGGUGCCCGGUGUGGAGGCGGGUCGGAGAGCAGGCAUGCGAGUUGUCUGGGCUCCGCACCCAGGGUUGCUGGAGGCGUACAAGGGCCGAGAGGCGGAGGUGCUGGCGGGUUUGACGGGGGAGCACAAGGAGGAGGAGAAGUCGGCGGCCGAGAAGGAUGCGGACGAUCUCGUUGCCAAAAAGUUGCAGUCGUCCGGCAAGCCCGGAGAACUACAUGAUGGAUGGGGAGAUCUGAUUCCUACGCUGGAGAACUUCCCAUAUGAGAGAUAUGGUAUUCGACCUGCCUAAGAUGGAGCUACCUCGAUGUUGUAAAGAAACAUGAACCCGGUACUCCGCGGUAUGGUCCGUCCAUGUACAUGAUGAGAGACAAGAGGAAAGAGAAAGAGACAUGAUACCCAUGUAGAACAAGAGACCAAAUCCCACGCGAAGUCUAGGGCUUCAGCGUACAACCGUUGAACAACCGUCCGGGUGACAUCAUUGCAAGUUUGAG